UGACUCUUCGCACUGUUGUUGUGACUGACUGACUGACAGCGCAGAAGUGGGCGAACUUUCGAUUUCGUAGCCGUCCGCUACGGAACAAUGUUUUAUUAUUAAACGAGGAUGUCAGACAUACUGAUGAAAGAAAUGGAGAGUAUAACGCUUCUUUCUCCCAGAAAGCCGGGGAAACAAACGGAAAAGGACCGCAGUUUCCUACUUGUAGACGAACAGGAAAACCUGCAGGUCCAUGACGAGUGUGAGUUCGUCGAGCGGCUGGGCUGCGGGGACAUGUCCGAGGUCAAGGUCCUCUCCGUCUUCGGCAACACGGGCGACGGCAAGUCCCACACCCUCAACCACAUCCUCUUUGGGGGCGAGACUGUGUUCUACACCUCCAAGUCCCCCAGCUCCUGUACCGUGGGGGUGUGGGCCGCCUACGACCCCUCCCUCAGCCUGCUGGCCCUGGACACAGAGGGCCUGCUGGGGGCAGCCACCAAUCAGAACCAGAGGAUGAGGCUCCUGCUGAAGGUGUUGGCCGUGUCCGACCUGGUGGUGUACCGCACGCGGGCCGAGCGCCUCCACAACGACAUGUUCCAGUUCCUCAGCAGCGCGUCGGCGGCCUACCUGAAGCACUUCACACCCGAGCUGAGGGCCCUGUCCAGCCGCUGCGGCCUGGACGUGCCCCUCUCCUCCCUGCCCGCCGUCAUCGUCUUCCAGGAGACCACCCACACCCAGCUGCUGGGCCACGAGUCCCUAGCGGCGGGCCACGCUGACACGCUGCUCCAGCGGCGCUUCCACGACCUGAGCCUCGGGACAGAGGCCUUCAGCUCCAUGCAGUAUGUGGGCACCCAGACCGUGGCCCCGCCCACCGACUACAGCCUGCUGCUGGAGGCCGUCCGGCAGCAGGUGCGCAACACCCACACCCGCUCGCCUCGCCAGCCCGCCAUCGUGUUCCGCGCCCUGGAGGCUUUAAGUAAGCGCUUCUGUGGGGAGAUCUCAGACAGCCUCAUCACCCUCAACUUCUUCCCUGACGAGUACUUCACCUGCUCCUCCGUCUGCCUCAGCUGCAAUGUGCGCUGUAAGAAUGGGAUGAACCACCUGAGGGACAAGGUCCCCCACGUAGCGGAUGGUCUGUGCCAGUACGCACACCAGUUCAACAACAAGGUCCUCAUCUGCAAGAGGUGCUACGAAGGAGGGAGAGAAGUGAUUGUGGUGCCCAAGACCUCCUCUUCUGCAGACAACCCAUGGUUUGGACUGGCCAAAUACGCCUGGUCUGGGUACGUGCUGGAGUGUGGUAACUGUGGGAUCAUCUACCGCAGCAGGCAGUACUGGAUGGGCAACCAGGACCCUGAGAGCGGCGUGGUGCGGCCGGAGGUCAAGCACGUGUGGGAGGGCAGCGAGGCCUUCCUGGUGGACCACCAGAACGCGGCCCAGAGGGUCCUGGACGGGGUCAACUACGUGGUCCAGUCCGUGUCCGAGUACAGCACGGGGCCCACUAAGGCUGUGACCGCCUGGCUCACGGACCAGGUGGCCCCGCCCUACUGGAGGCCCAACAACCAGAUCACUGUGUGCCAGGGAUGCAAGAGGGAGUUCGAGGAGGCGGAGAGGAAGCACCACUGCCGCUCCUGUGGCGAAGGCUUCUGCCAGCCCUGCUCUUGCCACAGGAUGCCCGUGCCGGAGAGGGGCUGGGGGGCGGCGCCGGUCCGAGUGUGCCAGACCUGCCACCGGCACGGGGGGCCGUCGGACACUGGCACCCAAGUGUCCAAAGCGGAGCCCCGGGGCCUCAUGGCUCGCAGGGUAACGGAGGUGGCCCAGUCCACCCUGGACAUGGUCACCAACGCCGUGGACUACCCUCUGUGCUUUGUGAAGGGCAUGGCCCGGCCAGAUUACUGGAUCCCCGACCAGGAUAUCACCCAAUGCCACCAGUGCACCAAGGGCUUCACCCCAGCCAUGUCCAAACACCACUGCAGGGCCUGCGGCCAGGGCGUGUGCGGCCCCUGCUCCACGCACACCAAGCCGGUGCCGUCCCGCGGCUGGGACCACCCGGUGCGGGUGUGCGACGGUUGCCACGCACACCAGGGCGCCCUGUAACCCGCCCCCCCCCCGCACCUCCUGGUCUUGUCCUAGUCCCCCCUUCCCCCCAUCGAGGGCCCACCAGGACCCGGAACACCGUCCCCCCACCCCCACCACGAUUCAGGGGCCGUCAGGUCGGACGUUUAGGCAUCACAGGCCUCGUCUUGAGGUUGGAUAAAGACAUUCUGAUGCUUCAAAAGACUGGUAGUCACUGGAACACUAGUCGGCACUGAUAGCCGACCCCCUUGCGUACCGCUCCCGUCGCCAAGGGUGAUCCUUCACCGCGCAUUUGCGACGAUAGACACGUUAACAUUCCACUUCGAUCAUCUCAACGAAUCCCGAAUUCCCUGUCCCGGGAACGACCAGGCAGGGGGCAAGAGACUUCCUUCCACCCCAGGGAGAGGGAGAGGGGGAGUGGACAGAGCAGAAGGGGUCUGGGACAUCCACUUUUAUACUCUGUUACACAGCACAGAAGUACACACCCUGCACCCCGCGGACCCCCUGGACCUGGAUCUGCCCAGGCCCCCACAAGACUUCUUCUACAAGACGGGAAUCUUCGUUCUAACAUGAGGGAACAAUGAGGGAGAGUGCGUGUGUAUCACCGUAUCUUCACUACCUUACGGUUACGGCCUGAUAUGAGGCGCUGGAACUCCGACAGAUCCCAACGGUAACGCCUUUUGUUUUAACCUCCCGGUGCGGACAAGGACGCGCGGAACAAAGAAUUGACAGGUGAUAAAGCCUGCGUUGAGGGCCGCCAGAUUGGACAAAUCCUGCACAGUCAGCAGUUUAUUAACCGUUAAUGGAAAAGGGAAGCGUUAUGUUCUGAUUGGAAGCCCCCCUCCUCCUCUCGACCCCCUCCUCCUCUCACCCCCCUCCCUCUCUAUCCCCCCUCCUCCUCUCACCCCCCUCCUCCUCUCGACCCCCUCCUCCUCUCACCCCCCUCCUCCUCUCACCCCCCUCCUCCUCUCCCCCCCCUCCUCCUCUCACCCCCCUCCUCCUCUCAGUCCCCUCCUCCUCUCACCCCCCUCCCUCUCUAUCCCCCCUCCUCCUCUCCCCCCCCUCCUCCUCUCCCCCCCCUCCUCCUCUCACCCCCCUCCUCCUCUCACCCCCCUCCUCCUCUCACCCCCCUCCCUCUCUAUCCCCCCUCCUCCUCUCACCCCCCUCCUCCUCUCACCCCCCUCCUCCUCUCACCCCCCUCCCUCUCUAUCCCCCCUCCUCCUCUCACCCCCCUCCUCUAUCCCCCCUCCUCCUCUCACCCCCCUCCUCCUCUCACCCCCCUCCUCCUCUCAGGCCCCUCCUCUCAGUUCCCCCACCCUGCCCCACGGUGCACCUGCCCCGCUGGGGUUAGCGAGCACCAGACCUUUCGACGUGAUGCAAUUAGCUAGGCCCACGUGUAGGACGCUCAUGCAAUAGUUAGCCUCCUGUAACACGGCGGCGGUCCUGCUGGAGGAGGUGUGGCGCGGGGCGGACGGCUGCCACGCGCCCUGCGUUAACAUAGUACUGCAAACAUUCCGACCUGCAUCCAAGCCUUUAUACUAUCUACAGAGACGGACCACACUGCAGUGAAGUCAUCCAGAGACGGUCACUGUCCUGGCCCAUCGCGGCACAAAGGGAGUGCCUUUUAACUUACUGGAGAGAUGCUGACAUUUUUAAUUGCUUGCCAUGUGAAGCCCAUAUAUAUAGUAUUUUGAGGUAAUGUUACUAGUUACUAGUUUCUGUCAAAGGGAAAUGGUGGACCUGGAGUACUGGAUGAAUAGAUGCUUAUUAUCUUCUGCCUUUUGAGUAGGUGCAGGUUACCAGUUCAUGAUUGAGUACAGUCCACAUCAAAUUGACAAUGUUGAUUUGUUUUCUUUAACCAGAUUGUCUAAAUAAAGACUGUUUACUUCUUGA